UGACUGUGGCCGCUGCUCCACCGCCUCACCUCCCUCUGCAUGCUCGCCCGAGGCAGCACCUAGGCACCUCGUACAGCCCACUAAACACUACCCGGAACCUGCUCCGUAUCUGCAACGAACAGCAAGGACAGCAGACAUGGCUUCGGACGAGGCUGAGGUGACAACUGCGUCGGUGUCGGGCAAGGGCGGAACGGUCAAGUUUCAGAAGACGAAGAUCAUCUCGCGACAGAGGCUUCGGAAGUACUCAUGGCUUCCUGACGUCCUCCGUCUCAAAGGCAGCAUUGUCCCCCGUAUCAUUGGGCCCGUGCUCACUGUCACCAUCUUCGCGAGUAUCGCCGCGUACCUGUGGGACCAGGGCACGGAGGUUACGCUCACCAACCAGGUCGUGCCUCUGUUGUCGGUCGUGGUCGGAUUGAUCCUGGUGUUCAGGAAUGGCACGUCGUAUGACCGGUACUAUGAAGGGCGUAAGGACUUUGGCACCAUGACGGCUCACAUCCGUAGCCUAUCCAGGUCCAUAUGGAUCAAUGUUGCAGUACCCCCUGCAGACGAUGCAGCACGCGUAAAGGGCGUGGCGCCGAACCUGACGGCGGCACAACUCCGCCGGCGCAAGGUCGAUGCUCUGAAGCUGUGUGCGGCAUACGCGUACUCUGUCAAGCACUACCUGAGAGGCGAGGACGGCCUGGACUGGGAAGACUACGUCGGCGUGCUUCCCGCGAGCACGGCGCAGCUCGCGCGGUACGGCGUGCCCACGCGGCGGACGAGCGCAGCAGUCAGCUACGCCGCGACGGCGCGGACGAGCCCGGGCGGGUUCCUCACGCCCGACGAGGCGAACAGCCCGUCGAACCUGGGCGACGCGGAGGGCCGGAGCCCGAGCGCGGACGCGACGAAGCGCAUCCGCGUGAAGCGGAGCAAGGACAAGCUGAAGCAGGCGAGCACGCGGACGGCGCGCACACCGCUCCUGAGCGAGCGCGCGCUGCACCAGACGAUCGACUUCCACCCGCACCCCGAGACGCUGAGCACCCCGCUCCCGCUCGUCAUCGCGCAUGAGCUGUCGAGGCUGCUGUUCUUCUUCAAGCGGGAUGGGUAUCUGGAGACGGUCGGCCCCGCGGGGACGAACGCCCUGAGCGCCCACAUCCAUACCAUGGUCGAGAUGAUGACGGCGAUGGAGCGUGUUGCGAACACGCCUAUCCCGCGCUCGUACAGCAUCCACCUCAAGCAAUGCGUCACCCUCUACCUCUUCGUGCUGCCGUUUACGCUCAUCAAGGACCUCGGCUGGGGCAUGGUGCCUAUCGUGACCGUCGUGGCAUUCACGCUGAUGGGCAUCGAGGGGAUUGCGGAUGAGAUUGAGAUGCCUUUCGGCCUGGACAAGUCUGACCUUCCUCUGGAGCGGUAUUGCGACGAUCUCAAGGAAGAAAUAGAAUACAUCGUUGAACGAUUGCCCGAGGGUGGUGAAGGGAUGUACGGUACGGAUGACGGUGAAGGGGACGAUUGAUUUAACUUGCUGGCUUGGUUAUUUGGAAAUUCUUGCUCUCAAUCACGCAUGCACGAGCAUUCUGUCGCAUACGAUACCACGCCGGACCAGAAUAUGAUGUAUUGCUACUAUCUACUGGAACUCUGG